AUGGCUUCCACAGCGGUGCUCCUACUCCAGCUGCUCCUGGUCUCACUGGCGUCUGCAUCACAUCUAUUAGGGACAAGUGCGACCUACACCUACAGAGGACAAAACCCUGAUGGAACGUACAAGGUGGACCUUCACACCAAGUCAAUCUUCAAGACCUGUGACUCCCUGACGUGGAGCUGCUACGGGAGCAACUGUCGCAAUGUCGCUAGAAGUCCGUCGGUUGUGAUUGACAAAAACACCAACACGCCAAUAAAUACUUGUGUGACUGAAACAGUUUUCACGACUAAUGUUCGCAGUGACAAACCUUUUCAGAUGAGAGUUCCUCAGAACUGCCCUCGGACAUACAAGCUCACGUCUUUUGAUCCUGAUGGGGACAAAGUUCGAUGUCGAUAUGGAAACGUCAAGGGGAGGGAGUGCGACUCAUGCAACCUGCCACCAGGCUUCCUCUUAGACCAGGGCUCUUGCACAUUGCACUACAACUACACCCGAGCCAACAUCAAUGCUUUUGGACUUGAGUUGGUGGUGGAGGAUUUCCCACAAAGCUACAUCAAUCUGCAAUACGCAGACGGAUCCAAAUCCUACAGGACUCCGACGACCGUGGGGAGCGUGGCACCACCCACACCCACGGCUCCUCUUAGCAAACUUCCUAUGCAAUUCUCUUUUCUUGUGGACCCCCCUGCUCCGUCAUGUCAGGAGGGAGCUUUCCUGCCCAAGCUUCUGGCUCCAACACCUGCAAAUGGAGCUCGUUUCCUAGCAGAGGUCAACAAGGAAUUGGAAAUCAGAGUCAAAGCGCAUGCCAUAAAUGCAAGAAUAAAUAAUAUCUUCAUCAGUGGGCCGGCGAAUAUCAGAAAGCAGCAGACCACACAGGGAGAGUUUGUCCUCAGGUGGACGCCACUCCCAGAUGACCACGGACAACAUUUUGUGAUCUGCUUUGCUGUUGAAGCAGUCAAACCGCCUGCCGUCUAUCAGUCCGAGAUGAGGUGUGUUCUUGUGGAAGCCAGGAGUGAAAUAGUUAAAUCUCAUGUGAUCUGCAACGAGUCCUCCAUGACAGUAUCGGUUGAGAAAGCCUCAUUCCCUCGACUCCAUGAGGAUCAUAUGCAGCUCAACGAUCCCUCCAACACGGCCUGCAGCCUCCAGAGACUCUCCAACAGCACUCACAUCAUCGCCACCAUCCCCCUCAACGCCUGCGGCACUCAGAUCGAGGAGGACAAGGUCAACCUCAUCUUCAAGAACGAAAUCUCCACGGUGGACAACCCCAGAGACCUGAUCACCAGGAAGCACCUGAUGGAGGUGCAGUUCUACUGCCAGUACCCAAAACGAGGAAAAGCGUCAUUGGGCUUCGUGGCACACAGGAAGAACAUCACUGUGUGGGAGAAGGGCUUCGGCACGUUCACCUACCAGUUUGAGUUCUACCCUAACAACCAGUUCCAAACCAGGAUGGAUCCAGCAGCAUAUCCUCUGGAGUACGACAUUGGGAACAGGAUUUACAUGAAGAUCAAGGCCACCUCCUUGGUCAACAACACCGAGCUGUUUGUGGAGUCCUGCCGAGCUGCACCAUACGACAACCCCAGCUACCGCCCAACCUACUCCAUCUUUGAAAAUGGGUGUCAAAUGGAUCCAACUCUUCAGAUCCACUCCCCCGCUGACCAGAAAGAAUUCAAGUUCAGCAUGGAGGCUUUCAAGUUCAUCGGACUGAACAAUCAGGUGUACAUCAGCUGCUCGGUCAUGAUGUGUGAAGCAGGGAACUCCAACACCAGGUGCUCCAAAGGUUGCAUCAACUCUACGUUGACAAGCCCCCGGCGCUCCAAGAGAGAGGCUGUCAUCCAGAGUGCAAGUCACUUCGUUUCCCAGGGGCCAUUGCGCUUACGGAGAUCUGCAGAGAGGGUCGGAGCCACAGCGACCAACCUGAAUCUGAACCUGGUGUUCAUCGCUGGAUGUGUUCUUGCAGCCGUCGGCAUGGUCUGCGGAGUGGUCAUGUACAGAGCCAAAGUGUCAAAGGUCAAAUACCAACCUUUGCCAACAUUUGAGACUUAA